GUCAGCGUCCUUCACAACUACCUGGAGGCCAACCCCAAGGUGCCAUGGGACGAUCUCCGGUACCUCUUUGGUGAAAUCAUGUACGGGGGGCACAUCACAGACGACUGGGACCGCCGGCUGUGCCGUACCUACCUGAGCGAGUACGUCCGGGCGGAGAUGCUGGAGGGGGAAGUGUCCUUGGCUCCGGGGUUUCAGAUCCCUCCCAGCUUGGAUUACAAGGGGUACCACGAGUACAUCGACGAGAACCUGCCCCCCGAGAGCCCCCACCUGUAUGGUCUCCACCCCAACGCCGAGAUGGGCUUCCUGACCAUCACCUCCGACCGGCUCUUCCGGACGGUUCUGGAAAUGCAGCCCAAAGAGUCGGACACCGGAGGAGGCUCGGGUGUCUCCCGCGAGGAAAAGGUGAAGGCAGUCCUCGAUGAGAUCAUCGAGAAGCUGCCAGAGCCAUUCAACAUGGAGGAGAUCAUGGCGAAAGCAGAGGAAAAGACUCCGUACGUCGUCGUUGCCUUCCAGGAAUGUGAAAGAAUGAACAUCCUGACCCAUGAAAUGAGGCAAUCUUUGAAAGAGCUGGACCUGGGGCUGAAGGGAGAGCUGACGAUCACGGCGGAUAUGGAGGAGCUGGCCAACGCUCUCUUCUACGACAGCGUUCCCGACUCCUGGACGCGUUACGCCUACCCCUCCCUGCUCAGCCUGGGCGCCUGGUACACAGACCUGCUCCUUCGCAUCAGGGAGCUGGAAGUCUGGACGACAGACUUUGUGCUGCCCGCGACGGUGUGGCUGGCAGGAUUCUUCAACCCCCAGUCCUUCCUCACCGCCAUCAUGCAGUCCAUGGCCAGAAAAAAUGACUGGCCGCUGGACAAGAUGUGUCUGUCGGUGGAAGUGACCAAGAAGUACCGUGAGGAGAUAACAGCUCCACCCAGAGAAGGCUCCUACGUGCACGGAUUAUUCAUGGAAGGCGCUCGCUGGGACAUCCCGUCCGGCACGAUCGCAGAUGCUCGGCUGAAGGAGCUGACGCCCGUGAUGCCGGUCAUCUUCAUCAGAGCCAUCCCCGUGGACCGCCUGGACACCAAGAACGUCUACGAAUGUCCUGUCUAUAAGACACGGAUGCGAGGUCCCACCUACAUCUGGACCUUCAACCUAAAGACAAAAGAAAAAGCUGCAAAGUGGAUCCUUGCUGGUGUUGCUCUGCUCUUACAGAACUAAACUUUGACUGUGGGAAAAUGCUUUUACUUGCAAAA